AUACUUCAAAGAUCCCAAUCUAUCACUAUCACACUAUAUAUAUUUGGUCGGCUAAAGAUCCCAACCAUUACACUUUGUCAAACAGUAUGAGCUCUUGUCUUUGUUUUUCUCGCUUCCUAUCUGUGUCCUGAUGCCUAUAUCCAUAGUCUAUAGGAAGUCAAACCUACAGUUACAAAAACAGAGCUAUGUUUGGAGCUGUGGUAAACCCAAUUUCCACAGUUUCUUCUUCUGCUUCUGCAAAUCAAAUGGCCACCAUUUCCGUAAGGAACAACUUGGUCUUGGUUAGCUCUUCUCAAUGUGGGCAUGCCCUUCAAUUCCUCUUUUCUAACUAUAAAUUCAGAACCAGGCAAGUCUUUCUUGGAACAUGGAAUGGAAGGCGAGGUGGGUUCCCUCUGAAUCGUGGGUUCCGAGUGUUUUGCCAAUCAAAGACAGAGGAAAUGCAGAUAAGAAGGUAUUCACCAUUUCUAGAAAGUGCGUUCCUAGACAGGAAUGGUGCCUUUGUGUCCGGUGAGUGGCACGCAGUGCCAGACAUUUGGAGAUCUUCAGCUGAGAGAUAUGGUGAUCGCAUAGCAUUGACUGAUCCAUACCAUGAUCCACCUUCAAGUAUGACUUAUAAACAGCUAGAAGAGGAAAUUUUGGAUUUUGCUGAAGGCCUGAGAGUUGUUGGAGUAAAGCCUGAAGAAAAAAUUGCACUUUUUGCUGAUAAUUCAUGCCGUUGGCUUGUUGCAGAUCAGGGUAUAAUGGCCACUGGAGCAAUCAAUGUGGUAAGAGGUUCAAGGUCCUCAGUUGAAGAGUUAUUACAAAUAUAUGAUCACUCUGAGAGUGUUGCACUUGCUGUGGACAGUCCUGAAUUAUUCAAUCGGAUUGCAGAAGCAUUCAGUUCCAAGGUUGUCAUGAAAUUUGUAAUCCUGCUUUGGGGGGACAAAUCAAGUCUGGCCAGUGAAGGGAAGAUCCCUGUUUUUAACUACAGGGAGAUUCUAGAUUUGGGCAGAGAGAGUCGUAAGAGUGCUCCUGAUUUUAAUGAUGCACGGCAACAGUAUGUGCAUGAAGCCAUCAACUCAGAUGAUAUUGCUACACUAGUAUAUACAAGUGGAACAACUGGGAACCCAAAAGGUGUCAUGCUUACUCAUCGAAAUCUGUUGCAUCAGAUAAAAAACCUCUGGGAUGUUGUACCUGCUGAAGUUGGGGACAGAUUUCUCAGCAUGCUUCCACCUUGGCAUGCUUAUGAACGAGCUUGCGAGUAUUUCAUAUUUACGUACGGAAUCGAGCAAGUAUACACAACUGUGAGGAACUUGAAGGAUGAUUUGCGACAUUAUCAACCAAAUUACAUAAUUUCAGUUCCUUUAGUGUAUGAGACACUUUACAGUGGGAUUCAGAAACAGAUCUCUACGAGCUCUGCAGCUCGUAAGUUUAUUGCACUUACAUUCAUAAGGAUCAGUUUAGCAUACAUGGAGUUUAAAAGGAUUUAUGAGGGGACAUAUUUGACAAGGAACCAGAAGCAACCAUCAUAUCUUGCUUCAGUAUAUGAUUGGUUGUGGGCAAGAAUUGUUGCUGCAAUCUUAUGGCCUUUGCAUAUGUUGGGAAAGAAACUAGUCUAUAGUAAAAUUCACUCAGCUAUCGGAAUAUCAAAGGCUGGCAUUAGUGGAGGAGGCAGUUUGCCGCCACAUGUUGAUAAGUUUUUUGAGGCAAUUGGUGUGAAAGUGCAGAAUGGAUAUGGUUUAACAGAGACUUCUCCUGUUAUUGCUGCUCGUAGGCCAAACUGUAAUGUUCUUGGUUCAGUUGGGCCUCCAAUUCGACAUACAGAGUUCAAAGUUGUAGAAUCUGAAACCGGUGAAGUUCUCCUACCAGGUUCAACUGGCAUUGUAAAAGUUAGGGGCCCACAAGUGAUGAAAGGAUACUAUAAGAAUCCAGGUGCUACAGAGCAAGUACUAGAUGAGGAUGGUUGGCUGAAUACUGGAGAUAUUGGUUGGAUUGCUCCUCACCACUCAACAGGGCGAAGCCGUCGUUGUGGAGGUGUUGUUGUCCUGGAAGGACGCGCAAAGGAUACUAUAGUCCUUUCAACAGGUGAAAACGUUGAACCAGUAGAGCUUGAGGAGGCUGCCAUGAGAAGUAGUCUCAUUCAACAAAUUGUUGUGGUUGGCCAGGAUCAACGACGACUUGGGGCAAUAAUUGUUCCAAACAAAGAUGAGGUUUUACUUGCAGCCAAAAAGUUGUCUAUUGUAGAUGUUAAUGCCUCAGACCUCAGUAAGGAUAAAAUGACAAGCCUGCUAUAUGAAGAACUAAGAAAAUGGACUUCAGGGUGUUCAUUUCAAAUUGGACCAAUCUUGAUUGUGGAUGAGCCUUUUACGAUUGAUAGUGGUUUUAUGACUCCAACUAUGAAAAUACGAAGGGACAGAGUCGUGGCACAGUACAAGGAGCAAAUAGAGAAUCUGUAUAAGUAAACCUCUAAUCUAGGAAUUUGCAGAAGCACUUUGAAGUGCAUGUACUUUUUAUGAAAUAAGUUUAGCAAGCCCUUGGUAUGUAGCCUUUCCAAUAUACUUUUGAGUACUUGUUUAUGUAAGUUCCUUGCUAUCUCUUCAAACCUCGUUCAUUAAUUAGAAUCUGUAGAUUUGCAUAUCUGUAUAUGAAAAGCAGCAUAUAUCCUAGGUACAAGGAACGGUAGCCAGUGCAAGACUUUCAACUUCCUUUGUUUAGUUCCUGGCUGUAAUCUUGUAUACGUUUAUAUGUAAUAUUUGUAAUAAUUUAAUGUAAGUUGUACAGUACGUAUAUUUGGUCUUCGUAUUCUGUAACAAUAACAGACAAGAAUGCUUACAUGUGCAUUUCUUACUUCUUACCUGCAAGGGAGGUAACUGUGUGCGGCAGCAGUUGCGUACCCUACUCAGCACAUGAUGGAAAGGGCCGUAAAUCGGCUUGAUAGCUCGAAUUCGUCUCCUUCUCAUGCUCAGUUUGCUGUGGCUCAUUCGAGUUCAAAUGUAAGAGAGUAUAGCUUGAAUAAAAGAUUAGGCUAGGCUCAUCAACAAAUUUGGCAUGAUCGAGUCGUAAAGCUUGUGAACAACUCAGUAUUAAACUGUAAAAAUGGUUCGGAAGGACAACUCAAUAUUAUUACCUUCUUACCCAAUUGCCGUUGCCUGUAAAAGUUUUUGUUUUUUUUUGGAUUUUCAGCCAGCAGUCUAGUAUCACCAAAGGGUUGGAGCUCGAUAUGUCAAACCUAAGCAUUUUGUCCACAUUUUGUAUAUCACAUCCUAUAUUGCCUUAUGUGACACUUGAGGUGGGAGCCACAUCAAUUAAAAUUAUUUUAAUUUUUUAUUUCUUUUAGCAUUUAUCAAUUGGCAAAAAAGAAAAAGGAAAAAAAAAGAAACAGAAAAAGCCUAACGAGCCAACGCGAGGGCUGGUUCUCCCUCCUCUCCUUCGUUCCUCUCCUCUUCUACAGUCAGCGUCUCCUCUCGCCCUCUUCAUCGGCUAUCCUCCUACACCAUCAAUUGUCCCUCCACUGUCCCUCCUUUGAUUAUUG